AUGCUCUUCAUUCUUUUCUCCCUCCUCCCCUUGGCAGUCCUCGCCGGCACAUCCUCUGUCUCCGUCUCGUACGCCCUGGAGGACCAGCUGCCGCUCAUUGCCCGUAUCAACUCUCAUUUCUCCUGGUCGUUCUCUCCUGACACGUUCGUUUCCGACGCCGACAAUGUCACGUUCAACUAUUCGACCUCCCCCCUCCCCUCCUGGCUCUCGUUCGAUCCCUCCACUAGAACGCUUUCUGGUACACCCUCGGAGACGGAUGAAGGGUCCCCUCAGGUCACCAUCACUGCGGCGGACUCGAGUACCGGGGAGAGCGCGUCGUCUUCUAUCACUCUGUGCGUAACGCCUUACCCUCCACCUCAACUCCACAUCCCCGCCGAGGAGCAAUUCAUCCCCGACAACCCAUCACUAUCGUCCGUCUUCCUGAUCUCGAACACCUCCGCCUUGUUCAACUCGCGACCCGCACUGCGUGUCCCGCCGAAGUGGUCCUAUAGCAUCGGGUUCCAAUACGAUACCUUCCUGGCUCCCAAUAAGAUCUACUAUGCCGCCCGGAUGGCAGAUGGCAGGCAACUGCCCGACUGGAUCAAAUUUAACGCUAAUGAACUCACCUUUGGCGGCGUUACUCCCCUGGCGGACAGCCUCACUUUGCCGCACACCGUCCAGGUCGCCUUGCACGCUUCUGAUCAGCUAGGCUACAGCGCGGGGUCGAUUCCUUUCGACAUCGUUGUUUCUGCUCACGACUUCGCUCUGGAGACUUCGGCGAACUCUCUGCCUACCAUUAAUGUCACGACUGACCAGCCGUUCAAGCUGACCCUGAACUCUGCGGUGGACUUUUCUGGGGUUACUGUGGACGGCCAGCCAGUCACGCCCGCCAACAUUACUUCUUUGCAGAUCGACACGUCUGGUCUGGAGGCCUGGCUACAUUUCGACGACCAGAACAAGACACUCACUGGGGAUCCUCCAGACGAGUUCACUGAUGGAAUCCUGCCUGUGGUCUUGACCUCUGAUGUGAACCAGACGCUUCACACGACGGUUAUGCUCGCUGCUGUUCCGUCAUUCUUCUCCGCCGGUGAGCUAGACCCGAUCUUGGUUACUCCUGGCGACUCCGUGUCUUUCAACCUGGGGUGGUUCUUCUCCAAUACUAGUGGUCUGGGGAGAGGCUCUGACAUCGAACUGUCUGCUGCGUAUGAUCCUAUCGAGGCUGGCUACUUCCUCUCGUUCGAUUCGACCUCUGACAAGUUGUUUGGGACCGUCCCUGUCAACGUCUCAUUCGACCAUGUUGCCGUGACAUUCACUGCCUACUCGCACAUCACUCACUCAACCUCGCAUACAUCGCUGCCGCUCUCGCUCUCUGCGUCCGACUUCGAGAACGAUCACAAUAAGAACGGCGGAGGAGGCCUCUCAGUCGCAGCUCGAGCGAAGGUACUGCUCGGGCUAAAGAUCGCCUUCGGCAUCAUCGCUGGUGUCGUAAACCUCGCCAUCAUCUUCGCCGUGAUUCGCCGGUGCACUCGCGUUCCGGAUACCGCGCUCGUGGGCGAAGAAGGUCGGAGGGGGUGGACGGCGGAAGAGCUGAAGUGGUACGGAAUCGGCAUCGAGGUCAACGGUGAGAAGUACGAACCCCCCUCGGUUGAUAGCGAAAAGGGCUAUGGUACCAGCGAGGCGGCGUUAGCUGGCUCUGGCCUUGGGUUGGGACCAAGCCUCUCUCGGAUUAUCACACGCACAUUUUCCAACAGUCGUGGAUCGCCUCUCAGCCCUGUCGGCCUACCACAAAGUCCGCCUGUAGUCAAGAAAGUGGAGUUCUUGGGCAAGAUACGGCAGACGGCUCGCAUCGUAAGUGAUAAAUAUCGCCGCGUCGUGAGCGGUCCUCGGCGACCUAUGAUCUCGAAGCCGACCCUCAUACUCACGGGCGAGAACGCGACACGACUUCCUCCAAUCCGUACCGGCAUCGAAGGUCUCCCAUACACGAACGCUGAGGGUUUACUUCCCAUGGUUGUUCCCCGAUCCCAGCACGAUCUGCGACCAUUCGAGGAGACUACUCUUAUCCGCUACGCUCCGAGCGAUCUGACUACUCCAACCGACUCACCUUCGUCGUCCACGGAUGGUCGAUCGAUCCCACGUCGUCGUGCCGACUUCGCACCACCGAAGGCCAUCACUUCCCCUCCCCAGGCCCACCUAGGAGAUCAAGAGCAUCGCUCCGUCGCCUCGGUUGCGUCAUCUCUGGACACGAACUCGUCCGCUCGGACCCACGAGGCGGAGGCAGUGAUUCAGCAUGCCACUCGCGCGAUGAGCGUGCGUAGUGCUACCAGCGUAUUCUCUGCCCCAUGCGAAGAUGUACGGCCAGGCGAGGCAGCCCGCCCUCGACUUGUUCCGUUCACCAGCGCGACACGGGUCCCGGUCCCCAAAAUGCCGUCGUCGUUUUUCUCGCCUGAUCCGGACCAUUCGACCCAGCAGACCCCUGGUCAGCACAAGACGAAACGAGUAGCGAGCCAGAUGGCGAAGGUGUUCAGGAAUGCAGCGGCAGACCCCGAAACGGCAUCGACUGCUGCAAACAUCCCGCAGGCUACGGCAGAGGACGAUCUGCAAACCAGCGCCCAAUACGUGCAGGCGUUGGGUGACCAGGGCGGCGGCCCUCCUACCACCGCUCAGGGAGAGUGCUCAGCUGCAGUGUCGUCCGUGGACAUCGAGGCACCGCACACUGGCAAGCAAAAAGCUACACGUCCGCCUGCAGUGCCGCGCAUGCUCGCGCGCACUGGCGAGCGAUUCAAGUUCAGAGUGCCGGUCGCGCUGAGGUCAGCGGUGGCCCAGAUGAAGUCGAAGGGCGAUUUGGAAGCACGUCUGGUUUCAGGGAAGCCGUUGCCAAGGUUCAUCAAAAUCGACACGGAUGCCGUUCCCAGCGGGGCUGGCGCGCACCAGCAGAAGCGCGUCGUCGAGCUAUCAGGCGUGCCAGUCUCUCCAAAUAUCGGGGUCUAUGAGAUUGGAUUGUACGAGCAGGAGGGUGGGAAAUGCGUUGGAAAGGUGGUAGUGGAGGUCGUAGCGAAGAAGCCGGCGUGA